AUGGCCACAGAUCCGACGUCUCCUCCGCAGUCCGAUGGUCAAUCAGAGGCGACUUCCAAGAGGAGUAGAACAACAACACGGCUGAGAACAUUGACAUUAAGAACCGUGGAUCAGCCCAGACCGGCUGUUUAUGUGGAUCCCGCUACCGGGAGAGCAUCCGGACCGAUGCGUGAAAAGUUCCACAGCUACCUAGGCGUAGUGGCGCGAGAAAAGGUUCCCAUUAUCCACAAUAAUUGGAAAGACGUACCUGAAACGCUAAAGGAGAUUGUGUGGAAUGACAUUCUAGCAAAGUUUGAUAUCGCAGAAGCUACGAAGGUGAAGACGAAGGUUAUGUCAACAGUAGCGACGAGAUGGCGGCAAUUUAAGUCCACAUUGACUAGCAAAUUUGUGUUUGCUAAGACUGAAGGUCAACAAACACAGGAUGUUGUGACAAAAUAUGGACUAGAUCCUGAAGCGUGGAAACAAUUUGAAGAAACCCGCCUGACACCUAACUGGGAGGGUAUUAGGAAACGAGCACAAUCAAUUCAAAAACACAACGACUGCCCUCACGUACUUUCACGUGGGGGAUAUGAUUUGCUUGAGAAGAAAUUGUUAGACCAGAAAUGA